AUGCCAACCCUGUAUGACAUUUUAGAGCAGAUCUGAGAAUUUGACUUCUUGCAGAAACAAGCCCUCUUAUGCCUGCUUUCCUCUACCUGUGCUACCAUUUACGUGGGGAUUUUUUUUUUGCUGGGAUUCACCCCUGAGCAUCACUGCUUCAGUCCCGGGGUGGCCGAGCUGAGCCAGCGGUGUGGCUGGAGCCUGGAGGAGCAGCUGAAUCACACUGUUCCUGAGUGGGGCGGCCACGGGGCCAGUUUUGGCAGCCUCUGGAGGUACGAGGUGGACUGGAACGCAAAGGGCAUCAGCUGCACCAACCCCCUCAGCAGCCUCGUGGGCAACUGGAGCAGUGUCCCCUUUGGUCCCUGCCGGGACAGCUGGGACUACAACUCCUUGGGGACCUCUCUUGUGACUGAGUUUAACCUGGUGUGUGAGGACUCCUGGAAGCUGGACCUCUUCCAGUCAUGUGUGAACGCUGGGUUUUUUCUUUGCUCCCUGAGCAUUGGCUACAUAGCAGACAGGUUUGGCUGCAAACUCUGUCUCCUGGUCACAGUCUUUGUCAAUGGGGUCGGGGUUCUCAUGGCCUUUCCCCCGAGCUACACCUGGACAAUGAUCUUCCGUCUGAUACAGGGGCUGGUCAGCAAGGGGGGGAGCUGGCUGACAGGCUACGUCCUCAUUGCAGAGUCUGUUGGCUCAAACUACAGGAGGACAGCAGGCAUCACUUACCAGCUUGCCUUUAGCCUGGGACUCCUCAUCCUCACCAGCCAGGCUUAUGCCCUUCCACACUGGAGGUGGCUCCAGCUCAUGGUCACACUGCCCAAUUUCUUCUUGCUCUACAAUUGGUGUCUGCCCAAGUCCCCCAGGUGGCUCAUAGCGCAACAGCAAAAUGACAAAGUUAUGGAAAUUAUUAAGCACAUUACCAAGGGAAAUAAGAAGCAGCUACCAUUCUCUUUCCAGAAUCUCAACUCUGAAGAUGUAUAUGGAGAAAAGCUGAAACCUUCAUUUCUAGGCCUGGACUGGACACCUCAGAUCAGAAAACACACUUUCAUUUGGUUCACAGGCUCCAUCCUCUACCUGGGCUUCAUCAUGCACAUAAGAAUAGCUACUGGGAACAUGUAUCUGGAUUUCCUCUAUUCUGCUCUUGUCGAGUUCCCAGCCGCCUUCAUCCUCAUGCUAACACUGGAUUGCAUUGGCCAUCACUACCCCUGGGCUGCAGCAAAUGUGAUGGCAAGUGGUGCUUGUCUCGUUAUGGCAUUAGUCCCAAGCAAUGAGUCAUGCAAACCUCCUCUGUCAACGAACUCUCUCCCUGUCUCUUGGAUAUUGCCAUGGAAAAUGGAAAACAAUCCUUGCUAA